CGGCGAGGAAGAGCAGCUCAGGGGCCGCCGGUCACCAGAAGGGCCUGUCUAGCACCGGGGGUUUCGGGCGGCCAAACCUAGAGGCACCAUCAAGGACACUGGUGAAGCCCACUAACUGCUACAGAAGCUGAACGUAUCCCACAGGCCCUUCAGGUAGAGGGAGCAGUACAGGCAGCCUGCCCAUGAGCCAACAUGGAGCAGAAGAUCAGCUCUUUCUUUAAUUCCAUCUUGGAGCUCAUCCGUACCAAGCAUGAGGAAGGUGUCUUCAACACUGUCUGCUUGGCUGUGCUGUUGGGUCUGCCUUUUGUCGUCCUCAUUGCAUUCAUCUUCAUCUGCUGCCAUUGCUGCUUCUGCAGCCAGAGAAGAGAAAGCAGGAAGAAAGGUAGCCCCAGCAGCAACGGGCAGCUGCACACCGAGAGGAACAAGAAGAAGAAGAAGAAGAAGGAUGAAGAGGACCUGUGGAUCUCAGCUCAGCCCAAGCUGCUCUUGCUGGACAAGAGACCCUCCUUGCCCAUCUAGCGGACAGGAAGGCGUUCAGGCCCUCCCCUCUGAGAUGCCACCAGUACUUAGCUGGGCACUACAAGGGGCAAGGAGAUGCCAAAGCUGUUGCCACUUUAUGGUGACUUUCAAAAGAGGCUGAGCCUGGCGGCUAGCCAGCGCAUUGAAGGGCUGGCAGAGAGCAAGGCAGUCGGGCACAGGUUUAUGCAAGCCCCUUCUCCCUGCCCAUGACAGCAAGCCCAAGGGCAGAGACCCCUGCAGAGGGCAGGCAUGCAGGCGGCCACACACCCUGCAGAGCACACAAGGGUGAUCUGCCACUGGACCGUACGUACCUCCCGCCACGAGCGUGACGCACACGCACUGGGCUGGCACGCAGCGAACUGGGUGCAAGGCUCUACCGCUGUGCUCAUGUGCAAGCGCACGCACCAUGGCACAGGUGAGGGUGCACAGGACCACGGGCAGGCAAAGACCGAGCUGCCUGCGCACUGUCCCUGCACAAAUGCGGCCGGCUGCUUGGGACGUGAGUACAGGUGUGCCUCGCUUGCCUUGCUGCAGAGAUGGCAGAGCUUUACUGUCUAGACUCCAUCUGAACCCAGCUCAUGUUGGAGAGGCAAAGCAAGCUGAGUGCAGAGUUACCCACAGCUCAAAGAUGUGCCAUCUUCCUGGCCACCAAACCAAAGGCAACUGAGAGCAUCUGCAGCCAGAUACCCUCAGCCCAACCUUAGAGACCUCAAGACACCAUCUUAAGGCAGCAAGGCAGAAGGACGUGUUGCCACCCAGGCUAGAGGCAGGGAGGAGAGAGGAGACUGCAAGACCAGCCCUUUUGCACCAGCACUUAAAAAAUCUUCCUUGAAAGACUGUUUUAUACAGACUUGCCUUGCCACCACGCUACUGCAAGAGCAGAAACGCAAGCUGAGGCUGUGUAAAGGCUUAGCUACGGACAUUAGAGUUAUUUAUUGAAUGACUACUAAGGAAGAGCAGGACCAAAGGCCCCUCUGUUGUGGGCCUAGGCACACUGAAGCAGUAUUGAAGCAGCAGACAUUCUCCCAGCACACUCGGCCAUCCCCUCUCCCUGCAGCCCUUUUCUAAUGCACUGGAGACAAACCCAUGAGCACAUGCUGCUGCCAGCUGAUGCCACACAGGCAGCUCUGGAUGCCACACAGAGGGUUCCUGCACAACUGUCAAGCCGGCCAGCUCUGGGACUUGGGAUGUGCUGUAGGAGUAGAGGGGAGUAAUGUUCAUGCCUGCAGUCACCCCUUACCCCGUGAUGCACUAUACAACUGGACUCUGCAUCCUUCUCCAUCCUUAUCUCCCUCGGAUGUGCAAUGGCUCAGCCAGGCACAGCAGCUAACCAGAGCACAUGGCUCUCCCCUCUGCUCUGGUUUUGACUCUGCUCUCUCUCUAGGCCUGUGUGCCCAGCCUACCUCCUAAGGAGCUGGGGGUCUCCUCUUCCCCCCGCUCUCCACCCUGACAGGCUCUGUCUCCCCCAGCUUGUUUUCCCAGCAAGAGAUGCAUGUGCGUGAAGAGAAGCCCCAUCGCAUCUGGUCUUUUCCUUGUGUCUGUACACUAGAUGUUUUCCUCCCAUUUUCUUCCAGUUCUUACACUGCUGGAGCAGACCAGAGCUGCCAGCCAGAGCUGGACAUCUGGGGACAAGCAGCCAAACCCACACAGGCAGGCCUGGAUGGAGCUGCUGGUCACGACUGCUUCCAGUCCGGGAAAGGUGAUGCUGCCUUCCCCCUUGCUCCCAGGGCACACACCAGUGGGGGACAAAGCCACCAGUUAGAAGCAGCUGCUUGUGCCACCCAGUCCCAGCGCAGCCUGUUUUGUCCCGCACAGACAGGGUGGUGAUGUUAACAUCACGUCACAGGGUUUGGCUGCAUGCGGCUGUGCUGGUAACAGCUGGGAAGGCCAGGCUCCUCCUCACACAGCCCUUUAAAUUGACCCCAUAUGUGCCUUAUUUUCUAAUUUGCUUUGUUAGCACUGAAAUAAGUGACUCCCUUCUCUUCCAAAACAGGAAGCAACACAUAAUGCUAUAAAAAAAUUAGGAUUUGCCACACCUAAUCCUAGAGAGAAACGUACAGGAAUAGCUCUAGUCUGUGUCCCAAACCCUCAGUCCCUCCAGGAUGCUGGAGAACCAGCACUGCACUUGUAUUAUUCUUUCUUCCUUCCCUCCUUUCCUCCACCCAGGUACUUUCCCCAGCCCUCCUGCCUCUGUGCUCACCAAGUGGGCCAAGCAGCCUCCUUCAGCAGGCGGAGGAGCUGCCCACACAGGUGCUCUUGCUGCAAUCCACAGGCACCAUCAGCCCCAGAGGAAGGGUGGUGCUGCCUGGAAAAAAAAAAAAAAAAAAAAAAAAAACUCAGAGUCAAGGGAAACGCGAUGGGAGGCCAGAGGCUUACUGGAGCAAGCAGGGGUGUGAAGGCAGCCGGCUUAGGCAGAGUACAGGCUACCUGAUGUGGAGCUUCUGGGCUUUGCACUGCUCCCUGCGAGAAGGUUCUUCUCCAGAAAGGUUAGUGAGUAACGUUUCAAGUGAGGGCAACUAAUUUCUACAAGAACCAGAGAACUGUUUAGUAAAUGUCUGUUGUGUCACAUGUAACAUCUCCAGUCUGGGCUUUGGGGAGUUCAGAGCCAGGUCUGAAUUUCAAGAACCUACCAAAAGCAUAAUUGGAAUUCACCCCUGGGCUGGGAACAGAGGCACCAGGAUACAACCCUGCCCUCAUCCAGCCAGUCUACACCCUGCAAAGCAGUGGGGCAAGCUUGCUUGAGGACUGCUCUUUUAGCCAAACCAUGCACUGAAUCAGCUGUUUCUUGACACAAAAGCAAAAGAGCAGCGACAGCCUGAGUGCCCCAGGAGCUGUCACCCAUCAGCUGGGCAGUGGUGACCCUGCAGCACCCAAAUGAACAAGGAGGCAGAAGAAUGGUACAGAAACACCCCUGCAUGGGUCCCUGCUCUCCAGACACCACCGCACUGCCUCCCCACCACUGCAUUUCAGUAUCAACCUUUUACUUCCUCAAACAGUCCUUGCAACAGUGUAAAACACCGAAAUUCUUUGCAAUUUAUUUUAAGAACAAAAAUAAAUGACUCUCAA